UAAGCUAACAUACGCAGAGAGACCUAGGCGCCCAAAACCAUUGGGUGCAUCGCCAUCUCCAUAUCUCUCACCAAGAAAAUUACCCCUAACAAUGUCUUCCCCUCUCAAUUCAAAUCCUCCCCCCUAAACCCUAAUAAGAAACCCCAACACGAACAAUGUCAAUCGCGUUUCAAAACCUCCUUACCCCUUCAUCUUCCCUUUUAAACCCUUAUCUCAAAACCCCUAAUUCUUUCCUUCCAAUCACCUCCCCCCAUCUCACCUUCCCCUCCGCUGUUCUACAUUUCCGGACCCGAAAUUUUCUCAGUCUCAGCUCCCGCCAUCCUUCUUCCCAUUCCUUUAUCAAAGCCUACGACUCCGGUUCUUCAAUUGCCACCUCAUCAGAGCAAAACCCUACUUUUGAUUCCAUCAAUUUAGAUUCUUUUCUCUCAGCUGCUGAACUUUUUUGCAUUUUUUCUUCGGCUGUUGUUUCGGUUGUUUAUGUCAUUUCGGAUUGGAAAGGUGUCGUUUUGGGUGGGGUUUGGAGGAGGGUUAUGGCCUGGAAUGUCUUAGGCUUGGUGAGUGGGUUUGCCAUCGGGGCGUGGAUUAGGAGGCGCCAGUGGCGGAGAAUUUGUGUGGAAACAGCAAAGGCUGGUGGAAAAAGGUUGAAUUUGGUUGACAGGAUUGAGAAAUUAGAGGAGGAUUUAAAGAGUUCCGUUGCCAUUAUUCGUGUUUUGUCUAGGCAACUUGAGAAGUUGGGGAUUCGAUUUCGAGUAACAAGGAAAGGUUUGAAACAGCCUAUUGAAGAGACUGCAGCUUUGGCUCAAAAGAAUUCCGAGGCUACUAGAGCGUUAGCAGCUCAGGAAGAAAUCCUGGAGAAGGAGCUUGAGGAAAUUCAGAAAGUUUUGCUGGCAAUGCAGGAGCAACAACAAAAACAACUUGAGUUAAUCCUUGCGAUUGCAAAGUCGGGGAAGUUGUUUGAAGAGAAGCGGGAACCUAGUCAAGAGAAAGAUAUGGUUGAAGCAUGUAAGUCAACUGAGGAGGCAAAACAAAUGGAAGUCAACCAGACUCGACCUUUAGGUACAACUAGGGGAUCUGGCAAUGACAGAACAUAAGAAUUGAAGCAGUAGAUGUUGUCAGCGUGCAUGUAAUUAACAGUGCAUUGCCAAUUUGUCUGAACCUUACAACAUACAAGGCCCUUGGACUGCCAUAGAUGCCACCGGAGCUUAUGUUUGAGCAUUAACAUUUUUUCCCUGAAAUUCUGCUUGUCUGUUGAUAGUUUCCCCUUGCAGCCCUGCUGCAAUUGAAGAUUGAUGAAGAGCUAGAAAUGUAUAAAAACAUAAUAAAAUGGUACACUUGCUUAAUUUUCAGUUGAGCAUAGAAACUUGCCUAGAUGAAAAAAAUGGCUUUUUUUGUGCUUAGCUUGUGUCUGUAAUUCUUUUGCAUGAUGUUCCUGAUAAUCAUACAAAGCGGGUUAUUGUUGUAUUUUCUCUAUGUUAUAGUUCUGUUUUGGUACAA